CUCGGCCUCUCUCUGGUGUGAGGUGCAUUGGGUCCCGCCCUCGCUCGCCCUAGCGCUGUGCAGGGUAUGAGGACGGAGGGUGAUCGUGGUCUCUCCUUACCCGGGGAUUGUACGACACACGGCGGGGGACUGAUGGGCCAUGGGGACGAUGUCCGCUCCGGGUUGUGAUCGCUGUACCCGGGAGAGGCGUGUGUUGUGUCGGGAAAGGAUGCUACAGGAUCACCCAGACGUGACAGUCAGCGUCAGCAUCCCAGAGCUGAAGGGAAAGGUUCUGAUCUGCUGGGCGCUGCCACUUCAGGCGCUCCUAUGAACGUCCGUGCCAUGGGUAUGAACUAUUACCGUCGCCUUUGAGAACAAAGAAGAAAAAGAAAAGAUAACAAAGCGCACUGACCGAAAAUAUUAAAUCGGGAGGUCAUGGCUUACUUCACGCCCUGGAAACUGUCUUCUCAGAAGCUCGGCUUCUUCCUGGUGACUUUUGGUUUCAUAUGGGGCAUGAUGUUACUUCACUUCACCAUCCAGCAGAGAACGCCGCACGAGAGCAGCACCGUGCUCCGCGAGCAGAUUCUGGAUCUCAGCAAACGAUACAUCAAAGCUCUGGCGGAGGAAAAUAGGAACGUGGUAGACGGCCCAUAUGUCGGCACCAUGACAGCAUAUGAUCUGAAGAAGACGCUGGCGGUUCUUCUGGAUAAUAUCUUGCAGCGUAUCGGGAAGUUGGAGUCUAAAGUAGAUACGUUGGUUAUGAACGGUACCGGAUCCAAUUCUACCAAUGGGACCACGACCGCCAUACCCAGCAUUGUUGCUGGGGAAAAAGUCAAUGUUGCAGACCUGAUCAGCGGAGCCCAAGAGCAGUGUGAAUUGCCUCCCAUGGAUGGCUACCCUCACUGUGAGGGUAAAGUAAAGAAGGUCAUAUAUUUGGCACCGUCUCUACCUUCUGAGCUGUUGAGAACUGGGUGUCCUCGGCUGCAAUGGCGAGCUGUAAACCACAAAGAGGAAACGGAUAAAAGGACAAUGACUGAAAUCCGUACAGAUUUCGAUGAUCUCUACAAAGUCAUGUCAAGGCAUGAGGAGUUUCGCUGGAUGACCAUGAGGAUAAAGCGGAUGGAUGACACCUGGAUAGAAGCCAUUAAAUCUCUGGCGGAGAAACAGAAUCUGGAGAAACGGAAAAGGAAAAAGAUCCUCGUUCAUCUGGGGUUACUGACAAAGGAGUCGGGAUUCAAGAUAGCGGAGAACGCGUUCAGUGGCGGGCCGCUCGGCGAAUUAGUCCAGUGGAGUGACUUAAUUACAUCUCUUUACUUAUUGGGCCAUGAUGUCAGGAUUUCAGCUUCAAUAGCUGAGCUGAAAGAGAUCAUGAAGAAAGUGGUCGGGAACCGAUCGGGAUGUCCCACCCAAGGAGACAAGGUGGUGGAGCUCAUCUACAUAGAUAUCGUGGGACUCGCCCAGUUCAAGAAGACCCUCGGCCCGUCCUGGGUACAUUAUCAAUGUAUGCUGCGAGUCCUGGACUCAUUUGGUACAGAACCAGAGUUUAAUCACGCCCACUAUGCCCAGUCCAAAGGGCACAAAACUCCCUGGGGAAAGUGGAAUCUGAACCCUCAGCAGUUUUACACCAUGUUCCCUCACACACCUGAUAACAGCUUCCUGGGGUUCGUGGUGGAGCAGCAUCUCAACGCCAGCGACAUCAGACACAUGAAUGACAUCAAACGCCAGAACCAGUCGCUCGUGUACGGGAAAGUGGACAAUUUCUGGAAGGACAAGAAUACAUAUCUGGAUAUCAUCCACACCUACAUGGAAGUACAUGGCACCGUCCACGAGAAGGGAACGGCCCACAUGCCCAACUAUGUGAAGAAUCACGGUAUACUCAGCGGCCGGGACCUCCAGUUCCUGCUUAGAGAGACCAAGCUCUUUGUCGGCUUGGGAUUUCCAUACGAAGGGCCGGCCCCGCUUGAAGCCAUUGCCAACGGUUGCGCUUUCCUGAACCCUAAAUUCGACCCUCCAAAAAGCAGCAGGAAUACGGACUUCUUUAAAGGCAAGCCGACGCUGCGAGAGUUGACGUCCCAACAUCCCUAUGCUGAAGUGUAUAUAGGAAAGCCUCACGUCUGGACGGUGAACAUCAACAACCCCGGGGAGGUGGAGAAGGCGGUGAAGGCCAUUCUGAAUCAGAAGAAUGAACCGUACCUGCCCUACGAGUUUACCUGUGAAGGGAUGCUGCAGAGGGUGAACGCCUUCAUUGAGAAUCAGGUGAGGACAAACUGGAAGACGCUGGAGCGUGUAUAG